GACGCACCUGCUAGCCGGACGCCCUCAUAAUCCCAAUGAUGACUGGGUGAUAACCAGCGAUUGCUUAUCGCCCAACCAAGAAAUGGACGAGCUCUGACAGGUCGGACAUGUCCUGUGGAGUUUGAGGGUCAUACUGACGACUCGCUCUCGGUGAGGGAUGAUCGACCAAGAACCCUUAGAGCCCUUAGAACCCUCGUGCCCCUCCAAAGAUCUACGCGGCCUUGGUCAGGGUGACUAACAGAUUCGGAGACUCCCCGCCUAUGCACGGUGGCUCUUGGGCUCUAAAGGGUGGUCUUGCUACCCCAGUUAGGCAAUCCUAAGGACAAAUUCCUAAGGAACGAGUGCCCUAAAAGUUUAGUUGUUGUGGAAAGAGAUAUGGACUGUCACGACUGACUGCCACCUGCACACGUCGGCGGUACUUGCACAGGAGAUACCACCCACCCUGCCUCCUUCCUUACCCGUCCAUGUUUAGAAGUCAGGAACAAACUCUCCCACGAGGAAGGCUCACACUGGCCCAACGCACCUGCGCUAUCGCCGCACUAUCUGGCUGCAUCUCUGCGUCGCUUAGCACCGAAUUCUCCCUCGCCCUCUCCCACCCUCUGGUUAUCGUCGACGUUCAUGGCUUCCUCCCUCGACCUCUCACAUUGAGCGUAUCGUUCUCACCAUGCUACUCGCAUGGCGCCCUUGGGUCCUCUGGGUUUCUCAAAUUCUCCCCUCGACAACGACACCCAGCCUACCUCUUCUAUGCCACCUCCUCCCCAGCCAGAUCCGUCGCGAGAGCCCUCUCUUCCGCUUCUCGCCCCCAGAAACCCUCCUAAGCACGACGAGGAUGUCUCAGCCCGUAAACAGUCCAAGAGCCGGAACGGUAUAGCCACCCACGCCACCCUGAACCUCCAUCAUACCUCUUUAAACCCACCCUCUUCUCCUCCAAAUUCGCUGACCAGGUCUUCUUCAGGCUGUAUCACCUGCAAAAGCAGACGCAUGAAAUGCGACGAGACCAAGCCAUUCUGCCAGCAAUGUGCUCGUCGAAAAGUCACCUGUGGGGGCUACCCCAAACUCUUCAGAUGGAAGCCCAUGGGCCAGGGUAAAAAUGGCCCAACAGAAACCCCAGGUAAAGGCCAUCAGUAUUGACCUUUCGUCUUACCACCCUAACUCACACCCAAACUCAGUAGGAUCUCAGCCCACCGACACGCCCAUGACCAGUGAUUCUCAACCUGGCCAGACCUCAGAUUCUCACAUCCCCCGGUCCCAGUUUCAUACCAGUGACAAUGAUUUAAAUAAGCUGCCUCUCAUUACCGAAUCCCCCGAGAUCCAGGAGCCUCAUCAUGAUAGCAUGCCCCCGCCACUCCAUCAUCCUCCCUUGAUGAUACCACCCUUUCGUGCAAUGAAUCCCUCCCACUUACCCCCGGACAGCAUUGAGUCUGGCAGUACUGAUCUCAGUCCUGGCUCCAUCUUUGGUAGCUUUACCAGCACUAUAUUCGAUCUCCAACAGCAAGACCUGCCCGAUCUUGACGAUCUUUCGUCCGAAAAUAAUCUCCAACUCGCUCAGCUAGGUCACAUUCUGUCCGAUGUGAUCCCCUAUCCGGAGGGUCGGUCGACAGCCGAUCUUGCCUAUUCUCUCGAGCAAUCCCGAUUCAAUGCCGUCAAUGAAACCUUUCGCCAACGCUGGUCCAUCGAUGCCUCCUCUGAACCCUUCUUCAGACCUCCAGAGGCUUCCCAGCAAAGGCCUGGAUCACAAUGGUCUGGAGCUGCUCUGAGCCCCAGCAUUGAAGCUGUCAUUGAUGCCCUAGCUCGAUCCCCGGCACCAGCCACUCCUUCUGACCAGCAAGGUGUCCGCACUAUGGUUGAUGUCUCCCUCAGUCAAAACGAGGAGUUCGACACCAUGAGGUAUCUCUUCGAACAUCAAACCUGCACCAUUCUCUCCAUCAAAGACGACCACACUAAGAGCCCAUGGGUAACCUUGAUCUGGCCAAUGGCAGCAGGCUACCCGGCCCUCUAUCAUGCACUCGCCGCCAUGACGUGCUUCCAGUUAUGCAAGACCCAACCCCAAUUUCGCGGCUCUGGUUUGCACCAUUUUCGAUCCAGCAUGCAGAACCUCGCACAUGGUUUCAAAGACGAUGUUGCUGGUCUCGAAGCCAUGAUCGCCACCCGACUAGCACUGGCUUUUGCCCAAGCUUGGGACCCUCAGAAGACUGCAAACGGGAUCGAUCAUAUCAACGAUGCCAAAUCCCUCAUUCAAGAAGCAGCUUCUCAACAUCGUCAUCGCCGAACCACCCCUGCCAACCUGAGUCGUCUUAGCUUUCUGGCAAAUACCUGCAUGUACAUGGACGUUAUCGCUCGCCUGAACUGUUCAGAGCAGAACACAGCCAACAAUCUAGCCUUUGUCAAUGCCUGCAGCGCCUUGAGCAGCCACGUUCCAGGAGAUCAACAGCUCGACCCGCUUAUGGGCUGUGCAAUCACAUUAUUCCCAUUGAUGGGCCGCCUUGCAGAACUCGUUGGCCGCGUGCUGAUGAGAGCUGGAAAACAAAAUUCACCUCCCAUCAUCUCCACCGCUGCAGAAUUGAGGACGGCUAUUGACCUAUGGACUCCGUCCAUCGAAGCCGAAAGUGCCGUCGACUAUCAGGCCAAUGUUACAGACGCAAUUCAAACUGCCGAGGCCUAUCGAUGGGCAACCCUGCUCCUGCUUCGCCAAGCAGUGCCUGAACUCCCCUGGUCGCAUUCCAUCUUGGAAUUGGCCCAGAAAGCCUUGAUCUUUCUCGCCACCGUUCCGCUUACCUCGCGAACGAGCAUCACACACAUUUUCCCCCUUCUACAGGCUGGAUGUGAGAUCACUGACGAGGAUGAUCGAGAUUGGGUGCGCGAACGAUGGGAUCUCAUGUCGGCACGUAUGUACACUGGAAUCGUCGAUCGCUGCCGAGAGGUCACAAUGGAAGUGUGGCGUAGGCGAGACGAUUACCUGGCUCGUCAUCCUGGCAUUCUACAAACUACGGCCGCUGCUAAAGUUGGAGUGUUGAGGCGCCAUGAUAUCCCACGCUCUCAAAAUGAUGACGGCCAGUCGUCGAAUAUUGAUCCAAGAGCUACAUCUCCUCCGAAUGAUUUUCCCGAUUCUGCAGCUUUCAAAAAGGGAGUUGACCCUCUGACAAGGGCCGGCUUCAUCAAUUACACGGUCAAGGGUGAUUUGCACUGGCUGACUGUCAUGAAGGAAUGGCAAUGGGAAGUCAUGCUUGCAUAAGAGCGUAUCAAUAGACCAACAACUAUGGGUUUCAGUCACAUACUCUUUAGACGAUAUUGAAGACCUUGCUGGCGUUGGAGAACGAGCUUCGGAGCCACGCGUGGAGUUGUGGACAGGCCAUCAUUCCUUUUUCCUGCUCUAAACGAUCAAUGACCAAGCAUCACUCAUACCUCGAAAGUUCAAGUUCACGGAAUGCGUGCCAGAGCCCAAAGCUGUUCAAUACUGCCAAGAAUCCAGUUCGCGACGCUGGCCAAAUCCCAUCGCUAUAUGUGUCCACCUUAGACUCCACUCAGUUCUGCCAGCAACCACUACCGCAAAGCGGCGCAAAAGCUGCCGCGUCUCCAGCAUGAGAUGUCCAUUGCGACGACCCCGUACCAUGACCAUCAUCGCGAGUCCAACCACGGUGCCCAACGCGACAUCUACCACAGGAACACUUGCAUGGGUGAGGCCAAUCAAUUAACUUAGGACCAUGGAAUGUACAGAAUCGAUGUGCAACAUAUGGUUAUCGCCACCAUCAAGCAUGUACGACUCCCCGCUGCAACAACGCCCUUCGACGCCUGUAACGCCACCGCUGUCUAGCUCUACGCCCUUGCAACAACCCUCGUUUGCUAGGUCGGACACAGAAUUCUUUGUCGAGGAUGAUGCCCAAGCUUUCGACCAACCCUCAAAGUUCCAACAGUAACAAUAUCACGCGUGUCGGUUGGUGCUUCGAAUGUCCGUCCGGCCAAUUCCUACAUUGCCAGGAGGAAGAUCAACCCGUGAAAACAACACAUCUCAUCUGGAUCGGGGUUAUACCCUCCUCCACAAAUAUGGGAUUGACAAUAACAGUGUUUAGAGCCGUCCAUCCUGGAAUCAGUGAUUAGCCCAUGUCCACCGUGUUGGAUGUGUUUUAACUUGGUAAGAAAUCCCGGAGCCAAUACCAGGGUGCUAGUACAAAGCCAAGCAACUACCUACAGCGGAAAUCCUAUGAUCGAGAACACCUUCUCCCUUACUACUUGUGUCAUGAUCUCUCCUGCUUCGUCUGCACUGCUCUCUUGGGAUGUGUCAAGGGCGCAAAGAAGCAACGAGAUGUAUCUGUUCCGAAUGCACUUACAGCAAGCAUCAUCAUACUCAAUCCGCUCAUUCAUCAGUCAUCUUGCGACGAGCGGAUGGCUGAAGAUGCCCUGCAUGAAUGACAUUUAGAGGACAUCCAGAAUGAUCAUGUGUUGCUAACUAAAUCCUGGACGUUCCCAGAUGAUGACUGUGGCUGCCGCACUUCCUCCGUCACCCGUCCUCCAAUGGUCAAUGUUUCUACGGGACAGGAGAUUAUUUUACUUCUCUGGACCAGUCGAUUUGCUUGCCCAGUCCUUGCAAGUCUUCGGCUAAUGACUGAGAUUUGAGUCGCCAAAAAGGUUCGAAAAGGCUUAGGAGCCAUGUCCACAUUCUCAAUGCUUCUCAUCUUAAGAUUUAGAGGUAGGGAUGUCCUUUCUCUGGCCCUGUGCAGUUUCCGAGCACAGUGCUGCUUUCUAACAAGAUGUUGUUAACCUCAAAGCUCUUGACUGCAGUAAUGUCAAUAUUGCUGACUUGUUUUCUGUCACAUUGACUUCUGUUUCAUGCAUUACGAAUACCAUGUCUACGUUAGGCCUAGGUACGAGUGACGAUUGCAGAGAUAUAUCUGUGACCAGAAUUCAAGAGUCCCGACACCAUCCUCAGAGUGGGGAAUCAGGUGAAUCCUUACCCAAUUCAGGGCAAGACUUGGCCAGGAACUUCUUACCUGUUCUGUUAGAGUUCUUCAAAAGAAAAUUCUGACCAGAGACUAUUGUAUCAUGUCUGUGAAAACGGAAAUAGCCAGCCGGCAUAGUGUCAACCAUUCCAUGCAAGGUGUGUGCCUAGUGAUGGUGGUGGAAGCUACAGCAACGGCAUCAUUCUGCAGUCUUAGUAAGAGAUUCCCGCCUACAACACUGUUCUUUUCGCCAGAGCCACC